AUGGAAGAAAGGAUUGCAGGGCGAUUUGAAAAAGCAAGAGUCAAGCAGGUUGUUUCGCACAAGAAAGAGCCGUUGGCGCUUGCCGUUAUGUACAACGGGGACUUUGAGCUGUGGAACACCAUAGGAAUGAACCUCAUAAAAACAGGAAGCAUUGGAGAAAUACCUGUCCGGGCAGCUGCAUUUGUUGAAGACUGCGAGUGCUUUGCCGUGGGGGGAGACGACGGAAUGCUUCGCCUGUACUGCACAGACUCGUUCAAGCUGAAGCACAAGGUGCAGGCGCACACAGACUUUAUUCGGUACAUUGCAGUGCACCCUGUCCUGCCGUAUAUAGCCACCUGCUCCGACGACAUGCAGAUAAAGAUAUGGGACUACUCAAAGGAGGUGUCUUUGAUAAAAACCCUCUCGGGGCACACGCACUUCGUGAUGUGCGUGGACUUCUCUUCGAAAGAGAACAAAACGCUUAUUUCGUGCUCGCUGGACCACAACAUCAUUGUGUGGAACAUUGAAACAGGCGCGGCUGUGAAAACCCUGAAGGGCACCGGCACUCCCUUGAACACCGUCAAAUACAUAGCGGACAAGCACAUAGUGAGCGGGGGCGACGACGGGAAAAUCAACAUUUGGGACGGGUCUUUGUACACGCCCAUAACAAGCGUCUCUGGGCACAUGGGGCCGGUUACUUCUGUGUGCUGCACGAGCAGAGGGUUUGUCAGCGCGGGAGAGGACGGCCUUGUGCGAGAGUGGAGCAAAAAGAGCUUUAGGCCAGAGUCCUCUGUUUCUGCGCGCGUCCAGAGAGUGUGGGGAGUCUGUGCUGCGCAGGGGGGAGACCUCCUUGCAGGCGGGGACGAGGGGAUCUCUUUUGUCCGGCAGACGCAGAGCAGCCUUCUCUACAGCUUCAUAAGCACGAAGAGCGAGGGAAGAGUUGUCAUUUCAGACAGCACGCAGAUUAAGCAGAUAAAAACCAGCAAUCCAGGCGCUGCCAAAAUUGUGACGACGCUUUCGUACGUGCCCGACAGAAUGUGCUUGUCGGAGAACGGAAGGUAUCUGUCCGUUGAGUCGGACGGGAUGGCGUACAUAUACACUGUGCUUGGGUUUCUGCUGCAAGUGUCUGUGCCCGGGCACUCUCUUGUGUGGACAGGCCUGGAGGAGUUUGUUAUUGUGCACGGAAGCAGCCUCGUGCGGUACACGGACUUUGAAGUGGACGGGAAAGUGGCUCUUUCCCCGGAGCUGGACGGGUCGGAGAUAAAGAGCGUUAAAAAGGUCGAUGCGCAUAGCAUGCUGAUCAAGACAGAAAGCACGCAGUAUCUGGUCGGCCUGAAGGGCAACGUUUUAAUGGAAGUUCCCGAGGCGGAGGGAGUCUAUGCGUACAACAACGUGUACGUGCUUUUGUACAAGGACCGGGCAGACAUAGUGGGGAAGAACGGCAGCCCGAGCAGCCCCGAUAGCUCGCUCAGCUGCAGAAUAAGCAGCUGGUGCGGAAAAGACAACGUGGUCUUUCUCCACACAGGAAGCAAAAUAGAGUACUUCGUGCUGAGCGAGAAGAGCUCGCCCACAAAAAUGCACGCAGUCACGCUUGGGACACUUCCAGCGAGCGGGGUUCUUCUGGGCGUUGUUGCAGGCGGAGUUUGGUGCUUGGAUGGCGGAAAGGUCUUUGAGCACAGCGUGCAGUGGGGCUUGGUGAAGUACCAGAGCAUGAUAAUUUCCGGGAAUGUUCCCUCUGAAAUACCAAAGGAGCACUUGAAGGAGUGCAUACACUUUCUCAUGGGAAUGGGCAUGCUGGAGGAGGCGUACAGGCUGGCAGACGAUCCAGACGAGAAGUUUGAGCUGCUUGUGAAGCUGGGCAAGCUGAGCGAGGCCAUGCGCAUAUCCAAUACAGAGACAAAGCACAGCAGGCUGGCCGAGCUGUUUGUAAGAAGAGGGCAUGUCAGAGAGGCCCUGCAGUGCGCCCAGAAGGGCGUCUCCGUGGAGAACGAAGUCCUUUUGGCUGCCCUCUGCAACAGCAUGGAGGACCUAAAGAAGGGCGCCGAGAAGGCGUGCCAGCAGGGAAAGGGCCUUGUGGCGCUGGCAGCUGCGUACAGAACAGAGAACUACGAGCUGUGCAGGAAGGUUCUGCGCGGGGGCGAGUUUGAAAAACUGUUUUGUAAGACACACGGAGGCAGUGCUCCGGGCAGGGAAGAAAGCCGCGAAUAA